GCUGCCUGCAUCUAGCGCGCGCUUGUCCCUGACCGUUGAAUUUAUUUGUGACAUACCCUAUUUGUGACGUGAAGUGUAAGUUUGACAACCCUAACGGUUAAAGUGACUUGUGUUUGUGCCAAUUGGAAUUUUAGUGUUUUUUGUUGAUAUGAAUGCGAGCGUGAAACAAUGCAGUUAAAAGCAUUGAUCGCGAACCACGCCAUGAGUGUACAGAAGCUUUAGUGUCAACGCGAUAGAAAAGAAAAAGAAAGAUGUCGCUAAACGCAAGCGUGGGUUAAAAAAGAUAAAAUGGCAAACAAAAGUUUCGGCAACGAGGUGGUCGGCUUUAUCCUGGCGGUGGCAUUUUGUGUCACUUGCCCAGAAUACGUUUCCUCCGCACAAAGAGAGCUGGGCAAAGGCACUAAUACCUCAGCUACCGCGCCACCUGCGGCUGACAAUGCGAUACGGGGUGCACUGGAGACACCCAGGCCCACACCGAGGAGUGGGCCAUACUUUGACCUGGUCUCCUCAAAGAAUGUCACUGCGCUACUGGGCAAAACCGCCUAUCUGAACUGUCGAGUCAAGAAUUUAGGGAAUAAAACCCUCAACAUGCAGGUAUCAUGGGUGCGACAUAGAGAUAUCCACCUUCUGACAGUUGGUAGAUACACAUACACCAGCGAUCAGCGGUUUCGAGCGAUACAUUUACCGCACUCAGAAGACUGGACUUUACAGAUAAAAUACCCGCAGCACAGGGACUCGGGAAUCUACGAAUGUCAGAUAUCAACGACUCCACACAUGAGCCAUUUCAUACAUUUAAAUGUUGUCGAGCCAACGACGGAGAUAAUUGGCGGGCCGGAGCUGUAUAUUGAUCGGGGCAGCACUAUAAACUUAACAUGCGUAGUGCUCUACUCGCCUGAACCACCAGCGUAUAUUUUUUGGAACCAUAACGAUGCGAUAAUAAGCUAUGACUCGCCGAGAGGUGGCGUGUCAGUUGUGACAGAGAAAGGUGAGACGACAACAUCGUUCCUUCUCAUUCAGCAGGCGAGGCCUUCUGACUCGGGGACCUAUCAGUGUAACCCCAGCAAUGCCCAGUCGAAGAGCGUGGUGGUGCACGUACUAAAUGAAGCAAAUUCUAUUUUUCCCCUAUCAGGUGAGUAUCCAGCGGCGAUGCAGCGCGGAGGACAAACAUUUUCGCCGCACACUCACUGUAUCCUACUUGCUGCCAUGCUUCUCUUGGCCGUGUCUUGACAUCAAAUGGUUAGAGGUUUGUAAAUAGGUACCUAAUAGCUAUGCUGACCUUUAAGGAUUAUUUUUUUCUUUUUUAUUGUUCUUUUGUUUCAUUCCAUCUUUGAUUGGCCUAUAAGCCAAUAUACGCUAAGAACUGAAUAAGAAUCUUUUUAUUUCAAGACAUCUGUAUCUAGCCUGUGUUCUAAAUACCAGUUUUAAUUGUGAUGAGUCGUAUAUUCCUCUAUUGAAAGCAUUUGACAGUCGUUCUCUUCAAUGGAAAAAUCUAUGUUUGUAGAUUCCGAGCAAAACUAUAUUUAUAAACAUUUGAAUUGACGAUGCUUCUUUGUUUUUUUUUGUACUUUUCUAAUGCUGUGAAUACUUAAAGGUCAGUUACGCCAAUCUAAUAUUUAUGCUAUUUAAUAGUGUGGGUUGUGUUGUACCAUACAUAUAAUUAACUCUCCGAGCAAGUAGCAAACGUGCUUGUUACGUAGAAUUGUAAAUAUCUAUUCUCAAAUUUUGUGUCUAAAGUCUUCGUGUUUUCAACCAGUCCUUGAUAUUUUAUAUAUAACGAGACGACAUCGUACAUAAUAUUUACAUUUUACUUUUAAUACAAAAUUUAAGGAAACACAAAUAUUAGCCUUUUAGUUAUAAUUUUAUUGAUGAAAAUCUUUAGAUUUUAGGAUGUUCAUAUUAAACGAUGUUGCCUCUUACAUAUUGUUACAAAUCAAAUCGUAGAAUUUAUUGAAUGUAUGAUUAGAGUACACCGGAAAAGCAGCUGACAAUACUAUGAUAACAGAAAGAGAAUGUGCAUGUACAUACUAUAUGUUAAAUAUAAUGAUAUACGAAUCACUUUAUUUAGCUUUAUUUUUGGUCUAAGAUGUAAAUUGUAACUAUAGUUAUUAUCAUAUAAACGUUUACUACUGUAAAUAUUAUAAUUAGAAGAAUUUUUACAGGCUAUCUCUCGUAUUUUUUUAUUUUUAAAUCAUGUGCUUUUAAAGGUCUGUAAAUAAGUAUGUGUAAAUUAGCUAAGAUAGUAAAAUAUAUGAAAUAUUUAGGUAAACUAUAUAUAAUUUUAAUAACGCUAUUUAAAUGUUCUUCCGAAACAAACAUUCCGGUAGGUAUAAUCCCAGAUCUUAUUUCGAUAUUAAACUAGUCAAUAUUCGUUUAUUUUAUAGACGUGCCCCGUCCUACUUUAAAUCUGUGUAAUGUUAAAGUAUAGAAUUUCGAAGUGCUUUUACGACAGAUACUGUCAAUAAAAUGUAUUUUAUGUUAGCAUUGGUAGAAAACCCGAUCUGAACGUAAAUGUGCUUUAAAAGAAGUCUAAAAUCAUGUCCCCUUACAGUUUAAUAAUUUUUGUUUAUCAAUACAUUGUUAAUCAAACGCAGACGGCUGUAUAAUCGACCUUUACUCUUUGUAUUCAUUUCUUAACUAAAUCAUACACAUCUGCGUUGGACGUAAUUAUAAUUCUUUCGAAUCGGUGUUAAUUAGUAAUUGAUGAAGUCUUCGACUAUGUAAAUCAGAUCUCCUUUAGUAUUAACAAGUUAUUAUUAUGUGAAAGUUUAUUAUUGUAUACAAUAACAAUAGUAUUGAGAUUUGUUGUACGUAUAAUACUUGUGCUUAUGCACGAUAUAAAUUAUGUGUAUAAUAAACA